AAGUUUACUAUAAGAAGUCGAUUUGCGUGAACAUUUAUUUAAUUUACAAAAUAUUUUUUGUCGAAGCACCAUCAUGAAGAUCUUUUUCUUCGCAGCUGUUGUGCUAUAUUGCGCACAGGUGCAUGGUAUUCCAACUAGUACCGUAACGUAUAGUAAAGGAGGAAAAACAGUGACUACUACCAGUACCUCUUCUUCAUCAUCGUCAAAUGGACAUUUAAAUGGAAAUUCGGGACAUGUAGUUUAUUCUUCGUCAUCCAGUUCUGGAAAUUCCUUUGGAAACUCUGGUGGACAAACUGGGCAAACUACAACUAUCAAAAAGGUCAGCUCAUCGUCUUCUGAAUCUGGGAACAGUUUUGGUGGCGGUUCUGGUCACUCUGGACAAACUGUAACCGUAGUUAAAUCAUCGUCUUCUCAUUCCGAAAGCUCGGGAAAUAGAAAAGACGAUGAAGAUGAUGAUGAUGAUCGCAGUAACGGUAACAUAAAAACGGCUUCUGCACAAGGCGGUUACACUACAACUAUUACUAAGACUUCUUCAUCUUCUUCUUCUUCUACCCCAUGUUCUGGAAAAGGAAAAUCUGGAGAAAGAAAUGAUGAUAAAGGUAAAGGAAAAGGAAAUCAUGGAAAUUCUAAGGAAGACUCAAAAGAGGACGAUAAAAAAGGUUGUGGUGGUGGUAAAGGUGAUAACAAUGAUGAUAAAAAUAAUAGACCGUGCGGCGGGGGAAAUUCUAAAGAAAGAAAAGACGGAGACGAUAAAAAAGGAUGCAGUGCUGGCAAAGGCGAUAAAAAGGACAACGAUUCUAAAGAACGAAAUUCUAAUGAAGGUAAAGACAAAAAAGAUGGAGAUAAAAAAGGAUGCGGAGGUGGCAAAGGCGGUAAGAGGGAUGAUGAUUCUGGAGAACGAGAUUCAAAUGAAGGUAAACAUAAUAGACCGUGCGGCGGAGGAAAUUCUAAAGAAAGAAAAGACGGAGACGAUAAAAAAGGAUGCAGUGCUGGCAAAGGCGAUAAUAAGAACGAUGAUUCUAAAGAACGAAAUUCUAACGAAGGUAAAGACAAAAAUGGCGGAGAUAAAAAAGGAUGCGGAGGUGGCAAAGGCGGUAAGAGGGAUGAUGAUUCUCGAGAACGAAAUUCUAAAGAAAAGAAAGAUAACAACUGGCACUUCGAAUGGCAUUCUGGCAGUCACCAGGGCAGUGGGGGAAGCAGUCACGGUAAUGGAAACGGACAUGGUAAUGGAAACGGACAUAGUAAUGGAAAUGGUAAUGGGAAUGGAAACGGUAAUGGGAAUGGAAACGGUAAUGGGAAUGGAAACGGUAAAGGCAACUGUGAUGCAAUCCAAUUGCAAUUAGACGCUGCCAACGCAGAAAUUGCCGUGUUGAGAAGUCAACUUCAGAAGUCCACCAACGAAUAUUUUAUACUGCAAACAACUUACAACCAAAUCACCAUUGAAUUGCAAUCGUGGAAAACUCAAUACGAACAAAUUUCCAUUUCGCUAGAGCAAUUGAAGCAAGUCAACAUCAAAUUAGAGUUCAAUUAUCAACAGAGUCAAACCACCAUUAUUAAUUUACAAAGCAAUAUUCAGCAGAUUACGUCCGUCACUCAAGUAAACGAAAAAGAAUUAACGGAAUUGAAACAUAAAUAUUCAAUUCUUAUUGUCAAUUCGGAAAGCUGCAACAAAAAUGUUGAAACCCUGACAUACAGUAACAACGAUUUGAAGAAGAACGUUAAGGAAAUUACGGACAAGCUUACCAAAUGCCAAGAUAGCAAGAACCAGUUAUCGAUUGACUAUUUAUCUAUAAAACAAAGCUGGGAGAUCACCCAGACAAGCUUCUCCAAUUGUGAACUUGAGUUAGGUAAAGUUAAUCAAGCCUUGCAAAUUCAGAUCAACGAAUAUAACGAAGACCAGAAGAGAGAUUACGAAGAAUUGAUGCGCCAUAAUGCGGUUGCAGCAGAUCUUCUACAUUGCCAAGCACAACUCGUUAUAUUUGAACAGAAUUACAAGAACGAACAGACUAUUUCUUUCGACUGUAGAAAUGAAGUAACGAUAAUUCAAAAUGAGAAGACAACAAUUAUAAACAAUUAUGAAACCACUAUUAACAACCUACAAAUCUCCUACGGUCAGUGCCAGGUUUCACUCCAAUCUGAAAUCGACCUUAAAAAUUCCUGCAUCAUUGAAAAUAAGAACUACGUUUUGAAUAUCAACGACAUAACUCACCAAUUUGAACUAUCGCAACAGGCUGUCAUUGACGCUCAAUCACAGACCAAGAGCUGCCAGGAUGAAGUCGAUAACUUCCAAAUAACUAUCAAUACAUUGCAAAUUACCAUUGAUAAUCAAACGAAACAGCUAACCGUUUGUGGUGACAGUACAUCAUCGCUCGAAUUCCAACUAACAACAUGCCAAUCAAACCAGAACAAUUGCUUGAACGAUCUUAAUUCCGUUACAGCCCGUUUAAGUGCGUCUGAAACUGAGAAUACUCGACUUACAGGUGAAAAUAGUUUGCUCGCAGCCGGUAAACAACAGUGUGAAGGCGAUUUGUCGUCAUUGCGAUGUGUUAGCAACAAAUAUUUGGAGACCAUUAGGCAAACACAGGACCAAACAUAUCAAAAAGUACUUCAAGCUACUGCCAUCCUUGAUAAUACUAAAGGUUUGCUUUCGCAGUUUGGUCUCGACAAUGAUAUUACGUGUCCAAUCGCUUAACUUGUUAAUGUACCACUGUUCAUUUUUCGAAAUUGAUUAAAUAAAAUUAAAAUCAAGCAAUGA